GGGAGCGGGGCGGCGCGGCAGAAGCGCCCCGAGCUGUGCCCGCAGCGCCGACCGCCCGCGGCAGCAGCGAUGGAGGCAGCGGCGGUCCCUGCGCCGUUCUGAGCGCCCCACGGGCACGGAGAGGGGACGCAGACCCGCGCGCACGCACCGACCCGCCGCACAGAGACAGAGCGGGAGCAGCCGGCAGCGGCGCCGCUUCUCCGCCUGGGGCGCAGCCCCCAUGCCCGGCGGGGCGGCGCGGCCGCCGCUCGGUCGCCCGUCUCUGCGCUAGAGGCGGCGCCCCCCGCGCCCCGGAUGCUCGGAGCGGGCGGCACCCCCGGGGCGGGCGGCGGGGCCCCGCGGCGCUAGGGGCCGGCCCGGCGGCGCGGGGAUGCUGGCGCUGGGGCAGAUGGACGGCGCGCCCCGGCAGGGCGCCUUCCUGCUGGGCAGUCCGCCGCUCGCCGCCCUGCACAGCAUGGCCGAGAUGAAGGCGCCGCUGUACCCCGCUUACCCGCUGCCCGCCGGGCCCGCCUCCUCCUCCUCCGCCUCCGCCUCGCCCGCCUCCGCCUCGCCCUCGCCGCCGCUCGGCUCUCCCGGCCCCAAGCCGCCCGCCCCGGGGCUCCCGGCGCCGCCGCAGCUCUCGGCCGCCACCCCGCACGGCAUCAACGACAUUCUCAGCCGCCCCUCCGUGCCGCUGCCCGCCGGCGCCCUCGCCUCCGCCUCGCCCUCCGCCUCCUCGGCCGCCCCAGCGGGGCUGCUGGCCGGGCUGCCCCGCUUCGGCAGCCUCAGUCCCCCGCCGCCGCCUCCGCCGCCCCCCGCGCUCUACUUCAGCCCCGGCGCCGCCGCCGCCGCCGCCGCCGUGGCCGCCGGGCGCUACCCCAAGCCGCUGGCCGAGCUGCCCGGCAGGACGCCCAUCUUCUGGCCGGGGGUGAUGCAGAGCCCGCCCUGGAGGGACGCCCGCCUCGCCUGCGCCCCCCAUCAAGGCUCAAUUUUGCUGGAUAAGGACGGAAAGAGAAAACAUACCAGACCCACUUUUUCUGGCCAGCAGAUUUUCGCCCUGGAAAAGACUUUCGAGCAGACGAAAUACCUGGCGGGCCCGGAGCGAGCCCGGCUGGCCUAUUCGCUGGGGAUGACGGAGAGCCAAGUCAAGGUCUGGUUCCAGAACCGACGGACUAAGUGGCGGAAAAAGCACGCGGCGGAGAUGGCGACGGCGAAGAAGAAGCAGGACUCGGAGACCGAGCGGCUGAAAGGCGCCUCCGAGAACGAGGAGGAGGACGACGACUACAACAAACCCCUGGACCCCAAUUCGGACGACGAGAAGAUCACGCAGCUGCUGAAGAAACACAAGCCGGGGGGCGGCGGGCUGCUGCUGCACCCCCCCGAGGGCGAAGCCUCCGCCUAGCCCGCUUUCGGAGAUGUACAGAUCUAUUUUUCUAGACUCUACGCGCCCGGGAGGAAGAAGAAGAAGAAGAAGGAGAAGAGGAGGAGGAGGAAGAAGACAGGACGGAGGGGGGGAGCAGAGAGAGGACUGCAGAGCCCGUCCCCGCGUGUUAUUGUAGGGUCGGGGGAUGCGGGAAGCGGCGGGGGCUCUGCCCGGGUCCCGCUCCCGGCCGCCCGGUGCCGCCUCCUUGUAAAUAAACCGUGAGUCCCCGCGACCGCAGGCGUUCCUUACUGUGAAUAUUUAAAAUGUAAAAUACCUUCUUUUUUUUGUACGGCGCCUGCCCGCGCUCCCGGGCACCCCUGGAGCCCCGAGACGGCGAUCCCGCCUGCUAUUUAUUAGUAUUUUUGAAACACUUUCUGUUGCGGUCGUCGUGCAGAGGGAGGGGCGGGGGGAGAGGGCGAAGGGACAGAGUUUGCUUUCACUUACACCUUUUCCAAUCAACGGCGUGUUGGAAAAAAAAAAUAUUAGCUGGUGGGAAUUGUCACAACCAGUUUCAGUCAAAAUAUAAAAUUCAUUUAGUUGCUGUAAUUGAACUUAAAGUGUGUUUUCUUUUGUAUCAUACGGAAUACUAUAGAAUGUAAAUUUUUUUUAAGCUAAUAACGAUGAUAUAUCGUGAUAUAGCAUCUUAACAUUUAUUAAUUUAUAUUAAAAUUAAUUCGGUUUGUAAAGAGAAGAAAAGCCCUUUGCAAGACCAGUUAAAUGUAAUGCACUUUCUGUUUAAGAAAAAAAACAACGACGAUAAAUCAAUUA